AUGUCUGUUUCUUACGAAGGAGAAGAAAGCAAGAUUCCAUUCGAUUUAGACGACAUGGUCUCCAUCAAUCUCAUGACACUCAAAAAUGUGGUCACUUUUAUCAUGAAUAAAGUAGCAAAAGGUUCAAGGAUCAAUCAAGAGCUGGUAAUCUCUAACCAAGAAAUGAAGAUGAAAAUCUCUGAGCUUGAGAAAGCUGUUCUUACACAUAAGACUGACACAGAUAUCGCUCUGAAUCAGGUGAAAGCAUUCAUGGAUGAGCAAAAGACUCUCGGAGACAAGCACGCUUCAGAGAUGCACGAAAACAGCAAAAAGAUGGCCAAGGUUAGCGAGUCCGUGAGUGACUUCGAGUCUAAGAUCCUCCUGCUAGGGGCUGGAUCUGGAGGUGGAGCCGAUAUGAAAGUAUUUGAAAUUAUGAUCCACAAAAUUAGAAAAGAGUUCAAGAAUAGGUUUAUCACCUUCGAUGAACUUGAAGAGACUGAAAAAUAGCAUCAUGAAGGAAGUUGACAAAUGCAAAGAACAAGAAAACUUGAUCAACGAAAAUAUUGCAAAGCUCGAUCUUUUGAGGAAAGCUGUUGAAAGUUCUGUAGACAAAAAGGAUUUUAAGUACGAAGUUGACAGACUCAGCUCAAAGAUUGGGGGCAUCGGAUUAAAAUGAGGAGCAGGCCUACCAGCGAUACAAAAUAAUAAUGAGGCCCAGCCUGAGUUUGAUCCUGAGUUAAUUGGACCUCUAGAAGAUAAAAUCUUCAACUUAGAAGAAAGACUCAAUGCUCUGAGGAUACAGUCGAAGUCUUCUGAAGAGAAACUUAAGCUUGAAUGAAGAGAUCUCAAACUCAACAAGUGAGAUUACUCAACCGGAAAGGAGCUCAAGCAGGCUGUUGAAAAGCUUCAGUCUAAAAUUGAGGAUGUUGAUAAAUUACUUAAAAACUCUGUCAGUAAGACAGAAGACGAAAUUGAGGCUCUGAUAAUUGAGAGAAUAAAGCCCAUUGAAGAAGACAGCAAAGACCAUGGAGAUAUUAUUCUCCAAAUCACUCAGAGGAUACAGAGGAUCGAAGUCAAGAUAGAGAACAUCAGCAAAAUCACUAGUGCCCAAAAGAGUAAGGGUGAUAGAGUUGAUGUUGAGAAGGUGAAUAACAUUGAACACAGCAUCAGAAGCCUUGUUAAAGACAUUGAAGCCAUCAGAAGAAACCACAGUAAGAAAGUCGAAGAAAUCAUGAAGAGCAUCUACUUCAAAUGUGACAAGUCUGAAGUAGCCAGCAUUGAGUCUAAGCUGUUUGACAACCUGGGAGACUUAGUCCAGUCGAUGUACAAUAAGUUUAGUGACAAAGCAGAGACAAAUGAGAAUAUGCAGAUGUUGGAUAAGCAGCUAAAGAACUUAUUCGAAGUGGUCAUGAGCAAGAAAUAACCAAGUAGAGAAUGAAGCAAAACUUACAGAUGAUGACGAAGCAAUGCUAUCAAGAAAGCCUUUAGGAGGGAUGUCAUGUGCAUCAUGCUCUAAGGAACUCGUAAAUUUAUGCAAUGUCCAGCAGACCGAAUAUUUUUCAUGGAAUAAAUUACCUCUUAGAGACCCAAGUGACAGAAUGACAAAAGUAGGCCAAGGAUUCUCGAAGAUGCUAUCAUCAAUGACACAGAAGAGCCAGCUGUCGAAGGUUGACAAAGCUGGAGAGAGUAAAGAGUUUUUGGCAAAGACCGACUUGAAGAGAGGUGAAGAAGCAACAGAAAGCAUUCAUGUGCCAACUCAAGCCGAACAGAAGAGCAGAAAUAAGCACAUGUCUCCUUUCAGAUCAACUGAAAUAGCUCAAAGAACCGCAAGAGAAAGAAAAGUCAAGGGUCUUGACAAAAUGACACAAGCAGCCAUCUGCCAGAGAUAAUGAAAGCAAGUAUAACGGAGAAUAAUUAGUGAGAAUAAUUUCAAUU